AUGCCGCCCAAGGAGUUCGUGAGGCCCCGCGCCACAAGCCCUGAAGUCCUGCGUCUUGUAGAAGCUGCCGGAGAGAUGGAUAGGCAGCAGCUGCAGCAGCAGCAGGAGCACCAACAGGCACUGCAGCAGCAGCAGCAGCAACAGCAGCAGCGCGAACAGCAGCAAAAUGAUUUCGAUGUGGACGAUGUAGAACUUCAGCGGGCUCUUGAGGCCUCUCUUAGGGAAUCAACUGCCCCAUCAGAUUCGCUCCCUGCUGCUGCUGCUCCUGCUGCUGCUGCUCCUCCUCCUGCACCUCGGCAGCUGUCUGCUGCGGAGUUUAUGGCACUUUUGCCAGAAGAUGACGACCUGACAGAUUUGUUACAGCCCCCGCCUCCCCGCAGCAGCAGCAGCAGCACGUUCCCUCUUAGCCGCAGCAGCAACAACAGCAGCAGCAACAAGCUGCCUGAGGACCGUUUCCGGGUACCCCAAGAGUGGAUAGACGAGGAAGAAAGGCGAGGCUGCUGCUGCUGUUGCAGACCCUUCAGCAGCAGCAGCAGCAGGAGGAGGAACUCUGUAUCCGCUGAUGGGUCAGCAGCAACAGGUGCGCCACAGCAGCAGCAGGAGCGGUUUAAGUGCUGCUCGUGUGUGACGUCAACAGUUGGUGAUGCAGCAGCAGCAGCACCAGCAGCAGAUGUAUUGACAGAGGAGGAACAACGAGCUAGCUUCGAGGCAUCGACGCUGCCGCUGCAGCAGCAGCAGCGGCGGGAGCUUCUCCUGCUGCUCUUUGGGGAAGGCAAUGAUAGAGAAAUAGAUAAGGAGGACUUAGCGCGAUGGUUGGCGCAUCCAAUUGCAUUUGCUGCGGAUUGUCCGGAGGCUAUGCGAGGUGUGCCUGGUGGUGUUGAUGGUGCUGCUGGUGGUGCGGCAGCAGGAGCAGCAGCAACAGCAGCAGCAAGCUGCGAAGACUGGGGCCUCGUUCAAGUACAUGGGGGCCCCUGUGGGGUGUUAGCUGCUCUUCAAUGUUUCGUGCUGCGGUCGUUGCUCUUCUCCCGCUUCCGUGCAGCAAAACGGCUGCAGCAUCAGCAGCAGCAGCAGCAGCAGCAGCCGUUAAGAUUGCAUCCUUGUUUGCUGCAGCGGCAGCAUGCAUUAGCAGAAGCAGUUGCUGCAGUGUUGUAUCAGUGUACAGACAGCUCCGUGUAUAAAGUAGCUGCAUUGCUGCCAUCACCGCAGCAGCAGCAGCAGCAGCAGCACUAUAACCUACCAAAAGGAUCAGCAGCAUCAGCAGCAGCACCAGCAGCAGAUGUUGAUUCUCUUCAGGUGUAUGUACGGGAGAUAAUAGGCAUCAAGGAAGUUAUGCGCUUUUAUUUCUUACAUUUUAAUGUUUUGCUUUAUUCCCCUGGUGCUGCUCUUAGUCUCCUUGCUUCUGUUGUUCUUACUAGAGGACCACAAAGGGUUCGUGCAGACAUGGACCCUCCCUCUCGUGCGUUAGUUGGGGUGUAUGGACACUGCAUGCAAGAAGCACUAAAUCUGCUGCUGCAGGGAGCAGCAAGCAGCAACGUAUGCGAUGGUGCAGCAAUGAUAGGAGAAGCAUCUCUUGGUGGGGUUUAUAAGAGACCUGUUGUAGGGUUUCUAUCAGAAAUGGAGGUCCUUAGGUAA